UCCUUCCUCCUCCCGUACCGCAGGCAGCUCUUUGGAGACGCUCCCUUAGGCGGCACAGUCUGCCUCCCUCCCAGCCCAGAGAGGCUGUAGCGCCGGAAAGUGCUGUGCCCUCCGAAGUUGGGGGAGGGAGUGGGGGGGUGAGAAGUCCGCCCGUUGGGAGGAAUCCUCGGAGGGGAAGCGGCUGUCCCCCCGGAACGUCCUGCCUUCCUCCCCCUAAGAUGAGGCUCCAUGGCAGCGAAUGGCAGCGGCAGUAGCAUGCUGAAAUGCGUGGUGGUGGGGGACGGGGCGGUGGGCAAAACUUGCCUGCUGAUGAGCUAUGCCAACGACGCCUUCCCGGAGGAGUAUGUACCCACCGUCUUCGACCACUAUGCAGUGAGUGUUACUGUUGGCGGCAGACAGUACCUUCUUGGACUUUAUGAUACCGCGGGACAAGAAGAUUACGAUCGCUUGAGGCCGUUAUCUUAUCCCAUGACAGACGUGUUCCUCAUCUGCUUCUCCGUGGUGAAUCCGGCCUCCUUCCAGAACGUGAAGGAAGAAUGGGUUCCCGAGUUAAAGGAAUACGCGCCAAACGUACCGUUCCUGCUAGUGGGAACUCAGAUCGACCUCCGAGAUGAUCCCAAGACUCUAGCAAAACUGAAUGAUGUGAAGGAAAAACCCAUUACCAGCGAGCAAGGGCAUAAGUUGGCGAAAGAGAUCGGGGCGUGCUGCUACGUCGAGUGUUCGGCUCUGACACAGAAAGGGUUGAAGGCCGUCUUUGAUGAAUCCAUUAUCGCUAUUCUUACUCCAAAGAAAAACCCCAUGAAGAAGAGACUGGGCUCGAGGUGUAUAAACUGCUGUCUGAUCACGUGAGGCAAGGACGUGCCUCGUGCAA